CAGUAAGAUAUCGAAUUUUUCUAGUCACGCUGUAAAAAAAAAAGUUGAUAUAAAUAUAUUAAUAUUAUUAUAAUAUAGUAAAUAUGUAGGAAAAAAAAAUUUUAGAAAAUUGAAAUAUUUCGUGAAAUUUAUUUAUAAAACGAUCAUUUUCAAGUUCAUUGGUUAUCGUGUAAAAUUAAUUAUUUGUUAUUAGGUUAUGUUUAGAAAUCUUUUAAUUUAAAAAUCAAAAAUUAAAAUAUAUAUCUUUGAAAAACGAGACAAACACAUGAUAUUGAAGAAUUUGGAAACAUGUCCAGUGAUAAUAUUAAUACAAAGGUAGAAAUUGUAGAUUAUGAAUGUAAUCAAGCAGAGAAUUGUAAUGAUAUCACAUUACUAGCACGUAAAAUAAGAGAAAAGGAAGCAUUUUCUCAGGAGGAUUUAAAUCAAUUACGUAAUUUAAAAGUAAAAUUAAUACAUGAAGUUCCACCGCAACAUAAGGUCGAAAUACGUUCAGGAACUCAUGUACCUUCACGUGAAGAAUUGGAACAGUUUAUGGCAUUAGCACCGUUAAAAAAAGGUUCAUUUUCGCCAGAUGAGGAUGACAAAAUUGUUCAUAAUUGGAAAAAAUUUUGUAAGUUACACAAUUGGAGUAAACGUAAAUAUAGAGCAUUUUUAAGUCUGACAGAUGGUGAUGGAAAGAAGUAUACUUGUAAGAAGAAAGAAACAAAAAAAUUUGUACAGUUUUUAGCAAAUAGUUUACCAAAUCGCACAUUGUAUAGCGUAUACCAUAGAUUUAAAAUUUUAUAUAGCUCACAUUUAAAUAGAAGAUAUACACAAGAAGAGGAUAUUAUGAUAUUAAAUCAUAUCGAUCACAAUCCAUUCCUCGAUGAAAAACGGAAGUUUGUUGAUUUAGCAAAGGUUUUAAAUAGAAGUAGAGCGUCUGUUUGGCGACGUUACCGAUUGUUAAAAAGAAGCAAAAAUUCGAAGAUGAAAAAAUGAAUCUGAUAAAAUAUUAAUGAUAUAUGUCUAAUUUUUUAAACUUAAAAUAAAACUCUUAUGAAAUAA